CCCAAAUUGAUGGCUGGGACAUUACCAACGUCUUUCCUUCGGAACGAGAAUCCAGAAUCAAAUUUGAAACGGUCUCAGCCAAUCACCAUAACGAUCAGUUGCUCCCCCCCACGCGUUAAUUACAGUAGACACCACUUAUUUCCUAGUUCUCACUUGCUUUGUCUUCUGUUCCCACUGAAGAGCUAUGCUACCGACCUUGACCGUCCUCCACAAAUCCUCCUUCAGAGUCCUUCCCGGUGAUCGUCCUAUGCUCAAGUCUAUAAAUUCUACGUUCUCUGUCGACUUAUCUGUGUCAAAGUCGAGUUUUUUUGGUGGGUUUGUCUCAAAGAAAGGUGUUUGUGAGAGAAAUAGAGUCCAGUUUCUGAACACAAUGGCUAAAACUUCUGCUUUUAAAGGUGGGGAUGGUGAUGAAGGUGUUAGAGUGCUUGAACAGGAAACUUUUGUUGAUGGGUCACCCAAGUUUGGUCGGAAGCUUAUGGCUGAUGGGCUGGAGCCCACCCUCAAUAGAAUGAGCAAGUGGCUUGUAGCUGCCCUUUUUGGUGGUGUCAUUCUUUGGAGGCAUGAUGCGGAAGCCUUAUGGGCUGCUAUGGGGUCUGUUCUAAAUUCUAUACUCUCUAUUAUCCUCAAACGGAUACUAAACCAAGAGCGACCUGUUUCCACAUUGCGAUCUGACCCAGGGAUGCCAUCUUCACAUUCACAAUCCAUCUUCUUCACUGUCGUGUUUACUAUUGUGUCAAUUAUGGAAUGGCUUGGGAUUAAUGAAUUUACAGUAAUCAUCAGUGGUCUCACUCUGGCAUUUGGUUCAUAUCUGUCAUGGCUACGGGUCUCACAACAAUUUCAUACAGUAAACCAAGUUGUCGUGGGUGCUAUAUUGGGAUCCAUUUUCGCCAUUUUAUGGUCAUGGUCUUGGGACACUGUUGUGCUAAAAGCAUUUAUUUCCUCUUCGUGGGUUCGAACAACUGUUGUUCUGGGAGCUGCCGGACUUUGCCUAGGCUUUCUUGUAUAUGUGGUUCGCAAUUGGUUUAGGGAUGAGGACCAAUUCUCCGAAUAGUAGAUAUAAUUGCUUGCUGAGCUGCAAGUUUUCUACAACUUUUCUUACUAAACAAACAAGAAGCUGAACUAAUGAACCACAUGAUGAGUGUCUGCAGCAGCAGAUGUAAAAUUCUAGGCAGAAAUUGUAUAGUAGAGUAAUUGUCUUAUUCUUGAUUUGAGAACUUCAUAAUAGUCUGCUGUGGAUUGGCAUUUUCC